AUGGACGCGAGCGCGCAUGACGGUGCGACGCGUGCGAACCAGGAAGACCGCGUCAAGCAUGAGGAGGCAGAUGCACAGAGUGGUGUGCCGCAGGUAUCUGUAGAUGGGGCACAUGAGCAUGCCGAUGAAGAAAAGCAAGAGGGAGAGGGCGUGACGGAGAUGGGCGAUGCGGACAAGGGAGACCGAGGGAACCAAGAAGGAGACGGUCAGAGGGAACUUUAUGAAGAGGAAGGCGAGGAGGAGGGCAAGGAGGGCGAAGAGGGCGAAGAAGACGACGAGGAGGACGACGAGGACGAAGAAGAUGACGAGGAAGAGGAAGACGAAGACGAAGAGGAAGAUGAAGAUGAUGAUGAGGACGGAGAUACACACCGACGGAAAAAGAAGCAGCGCCGGAAUCGCUUUCUUGAUGUCGAGGCGGAAGUCGACAACGAUGACGAAGAGUUUGAGGAUGAAGAAGCGGAAGAGCUUCUGCGAGAGGAUGGCUUCAUUGCCGAUGAUAUCCUGGACGAGUCACGCGAAGCGCAGCUCAAGACAGCCGCCGACAAUCAGCGUCUUGAUCAUGUACGCCGGCGUGAGGAGGAAAUGAGUGCAGAGGCACUGGCGGAAGAGCUGCGUCAGCGGCAUGCACGCAGUUCUCGCUACGCAUCGCAGUCAGACUAUGCUGAAGUGCCACAGCGUCUGUUGAUGCCGAGUGUGAAUGAUCCAGGUCUGUGGCGCAUUCGAUGCAAGCGCGGGCGCGAACGCACACUUGUUGCGACGGUGCUACGACGUGCGCUGACGCGCGAGACAAGUGGGCGGCCAUUGCGGAUCUAUUCGGCGUUCUGUCGAGACUCGCUCGAUGGCCAAAUCUUCGUCGAGGCACGCCGUGCCGAUGAUGUGCUGGAUGCAUUUGAUGGACUCGCAGGUGCCUAUACGACGAACACGAAGCCGUUCCUGGUGCCGAUCCUCGAGAUGGCCGAUCUGCUCAAGCUCCAGAAGAAAAACACCGAAGUGCCGGUGGGCGGCUGGGUGCGUAUCAAGCGUGGAAAGUAUGCGGGCGAUCUGGCGCAGGUGCUGGACGUGGCCGAGAAUGGAGAGGAAGUGGGCGUCAAGCUCGUGCCACGCAUUGACUUGACGCCUCAGGAACACGACACGUACACGGAUCGGGGCGGGACGCAAGCGGAAGAAGCCCCGUCAACUCGGCGCUCACGUCGCUGGGCUUCCGUCCGCCACCGCGUCUUUUCAAUGCCGAAGAGGUACAGAAGGCGUACCCGCACGAAAUCCCCGACGAAGCGCGGCGGUGUGUGGGUGUUUGGUGGCGAGACAUUCCGCGAUGGCUACCUUGAGAAGGAUGUGCGCAUGAAUGCGAUCCAGGUCGAAGAUGUGCAUCCGAGUCUUGACGAAGUGCUCAAGUUCACGGGAGAGACACCCGCCGAGGGUGCCGGCGUAGACUUGAAUCUGCUGGCUGAUGCAUCGAAGCAGACGUCCGAAGCGACGCUGCAGCCCGGCGACCACGUCGAGGUGUUUGAGGGCGAGCAGGCCGGUGUAGCCGGCAUUGUCGACGCGAUGAGCGGCGACGUCGUGACGCUCGAGCUGCCCAACGAUGCGCUCGAUGGCCAGAAGAUCGAGGUGCCCGCCAAGUGUGUGCGCAAGCAGUUCCGGCCGGGAGACCACGUCAAGGAACUCCAUGACCUAGUCCAGAUCGAUGCGCAGACGGCCGGUGUCAUGUUCAAAAUUGAGCGCGAGACAUUCAAGGUGCUCGACCAACAUGGGCAUGUAGUCACGCUGAAGCCGCACCAGAUCAGCAUGCGCCGUGACUCGAAACGCUCUGUGGCGCUCGACUACAACGGACACGAGGUGCAUGUGGGCGACAUGGUGAAAGAGGUCGAGUGGCCACUGACGCAGUUCCGCCAGGGCCAGGUCCUACACAUCUAUCAGUCGGCACUGGUGUUUGUGCACAAUCGCACGUACAAGGAGAAUGGCGGCCUGUUUAUUGUGCGUGCGAAUCACAUUGAGCCACUGGCGCCGACCAAUGUCAAGCCACGCACCGAUCCGUCGCAGAUGAACCCGGCGCUCAAGGCCAUGGAUGCCGAUGCAGGAGCGAAUGCAUCGGGACCACGGCGCGGCGGCCGCGACAUUUAUGCAGGCAAGACGGUCGCGAUUGUGCGAGGCCCGUACAAGACGUACCGCGGCAUCAUCAAAGAGACGACAGGCGGCAUGGCUCGAGUCGAGCUGCACACCAUGUCAAAGAUCCUCACGGUGCCCCUGGAUCACAUGGUGGAAAAGAACCCCGUCACCGGCGAAAGCCGGCGUCUCGUCGGCCCUGCUGCGCCCGCAGCCGCGCCGGCCAUGGCGAUGAACCCGUAUGCGGGUGGUGGCAUGACACCUGCGUAUGCCGGCGCGGCCGCUGGCUUGGCAGGCGCCGCAGGUGGCAAAACACCCGCCUACAACCCGUACGACGGCAGCCGCACGCCCGCGUACGGGGUGGGCAUGGGCCAGACACCGAAUCCGUACGGCAGCGCUCGGACGCCAGCAUACCCGGGCAUGGCUCACACACCCAAUCCGUAUGGCGGCCGAACGCCAGCCUAUCCUGGCAUGGCCGCGACACCCAAUCCUUAUGGCGGUGGCUUGAUGGGCCAGACGCCCAAUCCGUACGGCGGAGGAGCUCCCAUGGGGCAGACGCCCAAUCCCUACAGUGCGCCGACACCGAACCCGUAUGGUGGUGCUGGAGGCCGAACACCCGCCUAUGCUGGCAUGGCAGCCACACCGAACCCGUACGGAGCCCCGCCACUUUUGGGCCAGACACCCAAUCCGUACGGCGGCCAGACGCCCAACCCGUAUGGUGGCGCGGGCGCUGGCGGUGCACGCACACCAGCGUAUGCAGGCAUGGCUGCGACGCCCAACCCAUGGGCGGGCGCGGCAGCUGGCCCUGCAGCAAUGAUGCCGCCGUCGUCACUGAUCAACGGCAUUCGCGUGCGUGUCGUUCGUGGCGUACAGGGCAUGCAGUACCAGCGCGGUGCGUACGACAACUCGACGGGCCACCUCAUGAUGCACAAUCCCUCCGUAUGCAAGGUCAAGUUGGAGUCAGGCACAGAGCUGUCUGAUGUGCCUGUGACGUGUGUCGAGACGAUGCGUCCCAAGGCAGUUGGCGAUGCAUGCAUUGUCACGGACGGCGCAUGGCGUGGAUCACAUGUCACGAUCGAAGACAUAGAUGCUCAGCGCUGUGAAGUGCGUAUGAGUGAUGGUCAGACAUGUCCAUUACCGCUGACGCUGCUUGCCUUGUCAUAA